AUGCCUUCAACUCCUUUUCCAGCUCCAUCUUCACCUGCACGACCUGGGCUGUGCAGUCCUUGGGUAAUUGCCUCAAUUGCUAUCAUUUGCAUUAUCUUCCUGGUGUUUAGGUAUUACGGGGAACUAAAACGACUCUGCUGUGCUUUCACUGCUGCAACAUACUCUAGAAACCAGGGUCAAAGGCGACUUCUAGAUGACGGCGACUUUGAUCCUCCUCCUUCACAGAACCAGAGCAAUGCAAUGGAAUCUACCGUUAUACACUCUCUUCCCAUCUCCCAAUACAAGAAGGAAAACAAAGAAGAACCACAGCCGAGCAACACUGAUUGUGCAGUUUGCUUGGGUGAGUUUGAAGAAGGAGAUUUGCUAAGACAUCUACCAAAUUGCACACAUGCGUUCCACAUUUCUUGCAUUGACACUUGGUUUCAGUCACACUCAAGUUGCCCACUUUGCAGAUCAAGUGUUUCUGAGCUACCAAUAAGGCCAGAAUGUUCUGUAUCUAUAUCUAUGUUCACAAUGUUGGAGACCUUAAGCAGAGAAGAUUUUUCGCAGGACAGGGCAGCACAUUACCAAAUGCUACGCUCUGAGGUCCUACGAAAUUCAGCACUAAGGUAUGAACCAACAGGUGGUCUAUAA